UUUUCGUGAUGUUGUCAGCGAACCCACCUGUGAUUUGACCAUUUGAGACGGACCGCUUUGUUUCCCUCUAUACUCUCCCGCUCUCUGCGUACACGGCGUGCACAUUUCAACUGUCUUUUAAAAUCAAUAGGCCUAUUUGAAUCAUUUAUUUAUCAAAUUACAAAAUGCAGGUUUAUUAUUUCUCUACCGGGCCAAGUUGUUUACCGGGCCAAAUUGUUUUAGUCUUGAUCUCCUUUAGAUUACGUGUAUAGGAGGAUUAUGUGUGUGUGUAUGGGAUUAUUCACGAGGACAGUGGAAAUUACUUUAGGCUCUGCCUCCAGCGAUGAGUUUUUACAUGUUAAACCUGUGCUUUCACGACACAACAAUAUUCUACAUCGAUAGUUCUGUUGGAAAUCCGGAGUGGCCACCGUUUCACACCUGCGCCCCUCUCUUGUCAACUCACGUAGGAUUGGAUUUGAGCACAACCUCAUCCCUCAACUUCAAGAAGAAUGGCUCUCGAACUCGUCAAAAUCGGAAUAUCGUUGAAAAUGCUACCAAAUAACAGUGCUGUGUACUUCAAAUCGGACGGAGCGAGAUUUGGCCAAACCAGAACGAUUAAAUUGCUAACGGGGUCAAAGUACAAGAUUGAAGUGGUUGUCAAACCUGGGGAUGUGGAGGCAACCACCAUGAGUGUAGGUGGAGUCCAAUUCCCCUUGGAGCAACAGUCUAGAGACCCCCAGUGUGUGGUCUACACUGGCGUCUACGACACAGAGGGCGUGACACACACCAAGAGCGGAGACAGACAAGCUGUACAGAUCAGCAUACAGUUCCCAGAGGUGGGCUCUUUUGAAGUGGUGUGGCAGGUGAAGUACUACAACUACAACAAGAGGGACCACUGCCAGGGAGGCAACAGUUUCAACAGCAUCGAGUACGAGUGCAAGCCCAGCGAUACGCGCAGCCUGAUGUGGGUCAACAAGGAGCUGUUUAUCUGAUGAUACCAACCAAAGCCUACACAGGCAGCAUCAGGGUUGUGUUCAUUAGGCACAAAAAAAAACCGGAAGAUAACAGUGAAACUGUUACUACCUGUAAUUAGCCAACAGAAAUGCCUGGUUUUUUUUUAUUUCCGUUGCAAAAUGUUUUCCUACGUUGUGCCCUAACGAACACGACCCAGAUGAACAUGAAAUGAGAGCUGAAUGACGAUCAGCUGCUGGGUAGUGAUAGACAGUGUGUAUCAGAUCCAGCCAGAGUGGAACCCCUCAUAGCAUAACAAUGCUGCUAUUAAAUAACUAAAGAUGUUUAAUUUGCUGUAUGUUGGCGUGUGUUAUAGCUAUGCGUAUUAAUGUUGGGUGUGUGUGUGUGUGUGUGUGUGUGUGUG